CUUGAUAGCUCACUUUAACUUGAGCAGAGCUCUUGAGGAGAGGGAACUCUGAGGAGAUGCUGCUAACUCUCUCACUGCAUCCAGAGUAUCAGUAGAAGAGACUACAAACUGCUCCAACGUGUGUCUGUGACUGGCAACAACUACUCCUGGCUCUGGACCAUGAGCUGGGAACUGCUGGCUGCGCUGUUCCUCCUGCAGGGGCUAAUCUCAUGUACCGAGUCUGCGGCUUGCAAUGGAUGUGGAACCAGCAAAUGUGACUGCAGUGGUGUAAAGGGACAGAAGGGAGAAAGGGGAUUACCUGGUUUAAUUGGUAUAAUAGGAUUUCCUGGAAUGCAAGGGCCAGAGGGACCACCAGGACCAUUGGGCCAAAAGGGGGACACUGGAGAACCUGGUCUUCCGGGCACAAAAGGAACCAGGGGUCCUUCAGGUACUCCUGGAUUUCCUGGGAACCCAGGUCUACCGGGUAUACCAGGACAAGAUGGACCCCCAGGCCCAUCUGGAAUUCCAGGAUGCAAUGGCACAAAGGGUGAAAUAGGACCGCUUGGACCAUCAGGACUUCCUGGACUUAUUGGAUACCCAGGACCACCAGGUAUUCCUGGGCAAAAGGGUGAACCAGGUCAAAUCCUUGGAUCACUCAUGAUGAAAGGGGAAAAAGGUUUUCCUGGAAGUCCUGGAAUACCGGGUGUUCCAGGUUUAAAAGGGGUUUCAGGCCCGAUAGGACCACCAGGACCAAUGGGUCCUAUGGGUUCCCCAGGCCCACCAGGACCACCAGGACCAAUGGGCCCAAUGGGCAUAAGCUUCCAUGGACCACGGGGAGAAAAGGGUGAUCCAGGACCUCCUGGUCGACCUGGUCCAAAAGGGGACACUGAACAUACAGGCCCUCCUAUCACUAUAUAUAAAAAGGGAGAAAAGGGUGUUCAAGGUGAAAAAGGUGAACAUGGAAAUCCUGGAUUGCCUGGACUAAGUUCUAAAGGUGAAAAGGGCGAGCCUGGAAAACCUGGACCAAGGGGAAAACCUGGCAAAGACGGAGAAAAGGGAGAAAAAGGAUAUGAGGGAUUCCCAGGAAGUCCUGGAAUUACAGGGAACCCUGGUAGAGAUGGAGAGAAAGGAGAUAAAGGUGAUGUUGGUCCACAGGGGCCUCCUGGAAUUGUAAUAGAUGAUGGCCGAGAAGUUGUAGGUGAAAAGGGAGAACCUGGUCCACCUGGAUAUCCUGGUAGCAAAGGAGAUAAGGGUGAUAAAGGUUUUCAAGGUGUACCUGGAAAUCAAGGACCUCCAGGGUUUUCAGUUCCUGGACCUACCGGGGCACCUGGCUUUCCUGGUGAAAGGGGAGAAAAGGGUGAGGCAGGGAUACCGGGGUUGCCUCUUCAGGGACCAAAUGGUAGAAAUGGAUUUCCUGGUCCCCCUGGACCUCCUGGUCCUCCAGGGAUAAUAGACACAAGUUUGGAAUGUGUACCUGGACAGCCUGGAGAUCCUGGAUCCCCUGGAAAUGCAGGACAGCCUGGAUAUCAAGGAGAAGAAGGACAGAAAGGUGACAAAGGAGAAGGUUGUUUAACAUGUGAUGGCCUUCAACCUGGCUUUCCUGGACCACCUGGACCACAAGGGCCCCAUGGAAAUCAAGGUCCUCCAGGCUUACAAGGAAUCAAGGGAGAUAGGGGCGUAGCAGGCUUUGAUGGACUACCUGGUGUUCCUGGACCAGAAGGUACUCCAGGACUUAGAGGGAACCCUGGAGCAAAAGGAGAACCUGGAGAAGUCUUUUUUGAACCAAGGCUGAAAGGUGAAAAAGGAAAUGCUGGUUUACCAGGACAACCAGGAAACCCUGGGAGAGAUGGAAUACCAGGGAACAAUGGACAACCAGGUCCAUCAGGACCAAAAGGUGUAUCGGGAACAUUUGGUGCUAAAGGUGACCGGGGCUUACCUGGAGACAGCGGAUUUCCAGGAUUACGUGGGGAAAGAGGUCUACCUGGACCACCUGGCUUAGGACCUGCUGGACAACCUGGGGAUAGAGGAGAACCAGGUGUACCUGGUUUUGUAGGGUCUCCUGGUAAUCCAGGCAGAAAAGGUGAACCUGGAAAAGCAAUUAUUAAAGAAGGUCCGCCGGGACCAAUGGGAAUUGCUGGGGCGCCUGGUUUCCCAGGAGAUCAAGGUGAAAAGGGGUCUCCGGGGCUUCCAGGAAGAUCAGGACUCCCAGGAGAAAAGGGAGAACUUGGCGCCCAAGGCAUAGGAUAUCCUGGACCACCAGGAGAAAAAGGUCACCAAGGUAUGCCAGGCCCAUCAGGAGUUAAUGGCAAUCCUGGUCAACCAGGUUUUAAUGGCAUACCUGGCAUUAGAGGGGCACCAGGACUAAAGGGUGAACCAGGGUUGGGUCUCCCAGGACCAAAGGGAUCACAAGGUAUUCCUGGCGCUUCAGGAAUUCCUGGAGAAAAGGGAAACAUAGGUGCACCUGGUGUGCCUGGGGAGCAAGGCUUUGCAGGGGUUCCUGGCCACGCUGGGUCUAAAGGUGACUCUGGUCCUGCAGGGCUUCCGGGUCUUCAAGGAGCUCCUGGUGUCCCAGGAAUGGGUCCAAAGGGCCAAACGGGCCUUCCAGGACCACAAGGACCACCUGGAUUACAAGGACCUGCUGGAGUAAAGGGAGAACGAGGGUAUGCUGGCUUCCCAGGCUUAGAUAUGCCAGGACCAAAAGGUGAUAAGGGACAGUCUGGCAUAACAGGAGUCACAGGAGUGCAAGGUAUACCUGGUCCCCCAGGCCCACCAGGCAAGGAAGGUCUAAAAGGUUAUCCAGGCAUAAAAGGAGAGAUGGGCGUAAUGGGGACUCCAGGAGAUCCAGGCCGACAAGGAGCACCUGGAAAUCCAGGAUUGCCGGGCGAGAAAGGUGAUCAGGGUCUUCCUGGUUUCCCUGGAGAGUCUGGAACUCCAGGUCUUCAAGGCUAUAAAGGAGAAGAUGGAAUACCCGGUGAACCAGGAGUUAUGACUAAAGGUGAAAUGGAAAAAAUGAAAGGAGAAAAAGGAGACCAAGGAAACACAGGAAAUAAAGGGGAGUUUGGUGAAAAGGGAUCUCCAGGUGAUGUGGGUAGCCCUGGUAUGCCUGGGAAAGAUGGACAUAAAGGCAUGCCUGGAACAUCAGGACCUAAAGGGGACAAAGGAACAGAUGGAUUACCAGGAACUCCAGGUAUUCCAGGUCCAAAAGGAUCCAUGGGUGAAUUGGGAUUGCCAGGAACAACUGGAGAAAAAGGUGAACAAGGUAUUCAGGGAACCCCAGGAUUUCCAGGUGUAGAGGGAAUUAAGGGUGAAAAAGGAGUUAAAGGAGAAGAAGGCCUUCCUGGUAUUGGUAUCCCAGGACCUCAGGGUACCAAGGGUGAAGCUGGAAGAGAAGGUCCUCAAGGCUUUCCUGGUGAAAGAGGGGUUAAAGGUGAUGUUGGCAUUCCAGGAUUGCCUGGGCUUACAGGCGCUAAAGGAUCCCCAGGAACUUCAGGUUUUCCAGGUAGUCCUGGGCUGCCUGGAGAAAAAGGGGCCAAAGGGGGUUCUGGGUCAGAUGGAUUGCCAGGACUGAAAGGUCUGCCAGGUGUACCUGGGCUUCAGGGUUCUCCUGGUGCAAUUGGUGAGAAAGGUGAACCUGGCUUUGAUGGAAUUCCUGGAACUCCUGGAGAAAAGGGAGAUGCAGGAUUCCCUGGCAGAGGUAUUCCAGGACUUACAGGAGAUCGUGGAGAGAAAGGUAUUAAAGGCGAUGUUGGUUUCCCUGGAUCACCCGGAAGUCCUGGUAUUCCUGGAGUCAAAGGAGACCAAGGUUUAACUGGGAGUCAAGGAUUUCAAGGCCCACCAGGGCUUCCUGGACUUCCUGGAAUAGCAAUGGAAGGUCCAAAAGGAGAGAGAGGAACCCAGGGUCAGCCAGGAUUCCCAGGUUCUCCGGGCCCUUCAGGUCCUUCUGGUCCGCCUGGUCAAGAUGGAUUUAAAGGUGAAAAAGGUGAUAUAGGAUGGCCUGGUGCUCCUGGAUUCCAAGGAAUCAAAGGGGAACCUGGUUAUCAAGGACUUCCAGGAGAUGCCGGCACUCCAGGUGUAGUGGGGCAAAAAGGCGAUGCAGGCCCUCCAGGAAUGCCAGGAUUUCCAGGUUUUAAAGGUUCAUCAGGCCCAUCUGGAGAGAAAGGAGAUGUCGGGGAUCAAGGUUUCCCUGGACCCAAAGGUGUAGAAGGUCCCCCUGGCCCUCCUGGUUUAUUCCAGCUAAUUAAAGGAGACCCUGGUUUUCCUGGGCCACAAGGUCCGGCAGGUCCUAAAGGGCUUCCUGGAUUUCCUGGUCCUAAAGGAGAGCAAGGUGUGAUUGGUGCUGUGGGUUUGCCUGGACCAAGUGGUGUACCAGGAUUUAAUGGUAGCCCAGGACAAAAAGGAGAAUCUGGCCCAGGCGGCCCAACUGGCCCAAGAGGAUAUCCUGGUCCUCCAGGUUCAGAUGGCUUACCUGGUGCAAUUGGCUCACCUGGGUUACCUUCAAUGGCUCAUGGUUUCCUUGUUACAAGACAUAGUCAAACAUCUGAGGAACCUCAAUGCCCAUUUGGAACAGUACAAGUCUAUGCUGGGUACUCACUGCUUUAUGUACAAGGCAAUGAAAGAGCACAUGGACAGGAUUUAGGUGCUGCUGGGAGCUGUCUCCGUAAAUUUAGCACAAUGCCUUUCCUGUUUUGUAAUAUUAACAAUGUGUGUAACUUUGCCUCGAGAAAUGAUUAUUCCUAUUGGCUAUCAACUCCUGAACCAAUGCCCAUGUCAAUGGCCCCUGUCACCGGGGAUGAGAUAAAACCUUUCAUAAGUAGGUGUUCUGUUUGUGAAGCACCUGCCAUGGUGAUGGCAAUUCAUAGCCAAACAAUUCAGAUCCCUCCUUGCCCAGAUGGAUGGAUAUCACUAUGGAUUGGGUAUUCAUUUGUAAUGCAAACUAGUGCUGGUGCAGAGGGUUCAGGACAGGCUCUGGCAUCACCUGGAUCCUGUCUGGAAGAGUUCCGUAGCGUGCCAUUUAUUGAGUGCCAUGGACGAGGAACCUGCAAUUACUAUGCUAAUACAUACAGUUUCUGGCUUGCAACAAUAGAGAGAAAUGAAAUGUUCAAAAAACCAACACCAUCAACAUUGAAAGCCGGAGAUCUACGAACACAUGUUAGCCGCUGUCAAGUGUGCAUGAGAAGGACAUAAUGAAAUUGAAAUUGUAAAAGUCUGGUGCUAUUUGUUUAACAUGAAAAAUCUACAAAUAAUUUAUCCAUGUACCUCACUAUUGUACAAUAUGAUAGCAGUAAAGUGCUGUAUAGGAGCUUGCAUCACUUAAACUUUAUUACUGGUUAAGUCAUACUCAAAGAAGAACAAAAUCAUGAAGACCAGCAUCAAUUAAAAUGAAAUGGCACUUUCUUAAAAAUAAAAAUAUAAUAAAAAUAUAGUAUGUAACAAGAUGCACUGAUUUUAUAAUGGAGCAAAAGUUGAUUUCUUAACUCAAAAGGUGCUAGGAGAUAUACAAUGCCUUAGGCUGUUAGACUCCUUUUUUGUAUUAUAAUUUAGGUUGUCAUUGAGAAAUAUAAAUAUUUGUUGAAAUCAUUGUAUAAUUGUGUUAACUACUAAAUGUUUUCAUGUGCCUGUGUAAAGUGAAACAUAUAUGUGCAUAUUCAUAGCCAGCAAAUGAAAAUUGACUAUGCAGUUUAUUAAUUAGGCUGAGUUUGGUAAUGAUCAAAUCAUGGUUUUUGGUUUAAACCCACUGCAUAUCAUUGCUAUACUGUUUUUUUAAUUUUCUAAAAUCAUAAGAGAAAUAUUGUUUAGAGAGAGUCUCUUUAUAUUUCAAGUGGUACAUUUUAAGUGAAAAUAUUUUAGAACUAUAAGUUCAUAUGAUCCAAAAUAUAUAACACUGUCUCCCCAAGAAUCUUAGGUUUUUUUUUUAAAAAAAAGAAAACUGUAAAGAACAAAAGCAAUUUUUUUUCUAAUUUAUAAAAUAUUAUUAAAUAUUUUAGGCACUGUUUACAGUGACGAACAAUGGAAAAAAAAAUGAAAGAAAAAACAAAACAAAUAUCUCUCUAACUUCUACCAAGCCCAAGUUUAUUCUUUUCUAUAUACAUGAAAGGUAACUUACUGAUAAGCAUUGAUCUUUCAUGUGAUAAUAUAGAAUAUAUAAAAAUAAUUGGCUGAUGCUGACAUAUUUGCCUGAAGACAUUGCUGCAUUCACUUAAGCGAUAGAAUCGAUAUUUAUAAUCAGAUAACCAGAAAAAAAGGCAAAAUCAUUUUCUAAUACAUUUCUAAUCCUAGCUACCAAAAUUAUUUAGAAGUUAAUCAAAGCUAAUAUAUUUUCAUAUUGUAUAUGAUAAAACAUUUAUCUUUAGUUAUUUCAACAUUAGGAAAAUUAUUUGUAUGUGGAUGUGUGACAUCAAAAUAUACCCAACUGUCUUUUGAAUGUUUUUUAACUGUGGUAGAAGGAGGAAAAAUACAUUUCAUAAAUUAAAUGAUAAAUAUCUUGUUGUACAUGAUUAGCAGUUAAUAAAAUACCAGAAUCAUAGAAAGUCACAAACGAUAACACACACAAAAAAAAGUAUUUUAAAAAAACUUCCUUAUUUCCCUUUUGUCUUGGGACCAAACAUGACUUUAUUUAUUAUUUGCAUGUACAUAAUUAACAUACAGAAUGUACUAUAUGUGAUGUGAUGAUUCUGGUCAAGACAUACAUUAAUUACUUUGCAUAUUCUCAAGGGAGUAUUCAAAACUUGUUUGUUUAUUACUAAUUACACAUUAUAGUACUUGUUGUAAUAGCCUCACAAUAUUUUCAUCCACUUAAAAUCAAUACUCUUAGAUGUUUUUAUGCUACUCGGUUCCUUAUCACCUAUGUGCCUUCUUAUUUUAUAAGUUGUUUUUUUAAUGGAAAUACCAAAUCACUUUUAUACUUAUUUGUGUCUUUUUGUGCAUAUUAUACAGAUUUCCUUGUCAUAAUAAAAAUAUUUGUGUUUUUUAA